CGUAUCAGGUAAAUAGGGAAUGUGUAUUUUUGUACGAACUUGAUGUAGCUUUGUAAGCCACUACCAGUAGAACAUAUCUAAGAUACACUGUAUAUGGAACCAGCUCACCUGUCUGCUCUAAUUGAUUGGUGCAUCAUCUCUGCAAAGCAGUGCGUAUGUGUUGUCCUCCAUUGCUUUAAAUUGCUCCCAGAUGUGGGCCCAGGAAGAAAUUCUCGGAUCAUCGUUUCCUGAGCUCUGCGGAGUUUAGACCAAUGCAUCUUUCUGUCGAGUGUACCGCGUUGUCUCUCACACACUUUUCGUUAUAAAUUUAUUUCCUUCUUCUAAAUGGAAAAGUUAUCAAGCUUUCCAUUCCGUUCCUGAUCAAGUAGUCGUGCCAGUGGAUAUUGUGGUAAAUAUGAUUUCAAACGCUGGACAGAAGCGUGGGAUUGACCAGACGAGUGUGCUGCAUCCGAAGAGAACGAGAGGAUCAGGUGUUGCGACAGCAGCAGUGAACAAGAUUUCGCAUAUAGCCCUAUCUGAAGAGCAACAGGAUUUGAAGAUAAGAAUUCUGGAUUUUGUUAAGCGUUCUAUAGCUUCAAAGGAACACGAUAAGCCAGAUGUGUUUCUCAUCAACGGUGAUGCUGGAACUGGCAAGUCUGUGAUACUGAACUCUCUCUUCAAUACGAUUCAAAAGCUGUCAAGAACAACGAACGAUGAGGUACUUUCUCAGACAAACAACUAUCUUGUGGUCAAUCAUCCUGAAAUGCUAAAGCUCUAUCGUGAGAUUGCCAAACAGUUCCCGUUCAUAAAGAAAGCGGACCUCGAAAGACCAACCACUUUAAUCAACAAGUACGCCAACGAAGGCAGACCCAUCGAUGUUCUUAUCAUCGAUGAGGCUCAUCUGCUCUCCACUUCAAAGGACGCGUUCAAGAGAUUUUACCAGGAGAACCAUCUGGAGGAGUUAUUAAGGAUAUGUAAAGUUGCCGUGUUAGUCUUUGACGAUAAACAGUCGUUGAGAAUGGGGUCGUACUGGGGAGUGAACUCUGCCGAUGGUGCCUCCUUGUCCUACUACCUCUCACAGGAAAGAGUGAGGGAUUUCCAGGUUCACCAGCUAAAGAAACAGUUUCGUGUCGUGGCACAGGAUGAUCUGCUUCAAUGGAUCAACGACAUCUCCACUAAUAAAAAGAUAAAUCCAUUGCCAAUAAAAGAUGCCUUAAUCGGAGGCUUCGAAUUCAAAGUCUUUGAAUCGUGCCAGGCGAUGUACGAUAUGAUAAAGGCAAGAAAUGCUGAAUAUGGCCAAUGCAGAAUCCUCUCCACGUAUGACUUUCCUUAUCGACUCGAUGGUGCUGAUUAUUUCGUGUAUUCCGAAUCCGAUGAGUUCAAACUGCGUUGGGAUCGGUACUUACCUCAGAUAACCAUUCCAUGGUCAGAAAGAGAGGAUACGAUUGACGAGGUUGGCUCGGUAUACACAAUUCAAGGCUUUGAUCUGAAUUAUGCUGGUGUAAUCCUUGGAAGAAGCUUACAGUAUGAUCCGCUUACAGAUAGCAUCAAGGUCAAGCCUGAAUUCUAUGAUGACCAUGCUGGAUUCACACGGAAGAAGAACAUCCACAACGUUGCAACUGUUAGAGAAAAGAUUGUGUUAAAUUCGCUUAAUGUUUUACUUACAAGAGGUGUCAGAGGGUUAUAUGUCUUUGCCUUCGAUCAAGCAUUGAGGGAAAGAUUGUUGUUAGGGGCUCCAAGCAUCGUCGCUGUCAGAAAAUGA